GUGAGGUUGACUUCAUAGUAGUAGAAAGGCGCUUUGACCUUGCACUUACUAACUGCAACAGCCCUCCUCCAUCCCCUCCAUUGCCCAAUUAUGAGCUCUCCUACCGCUGCUAUCCCAUGUCCACGCUUAGGAUUGUCUACUGACGAUAAGGACGUAGCUCCAACAGCGCCUGAACGCCUUGCCCACCACGGCAGUUAUGAUGCUGACGCCCCAUCGGAGCAUGUAGGCAAUUGUCUGGACGUCAUCGCGUGCAGCUUUGUGUCCCAGCCCAGCACGCAGAUGUACCUGGCACACCCAGAUGCCCUCGGCAUCUCCUUCUGGCGGACUAUGGCUUGGGAAAUCGUGCGCCUGCUUCCUGCGGACACCUUGCCGCUCUUCGUGCUGCCGUCCGCCUUACGACCAGAAGCAGUGGCGCUGGCCUAUCCCUGGCGGCCCGACCGCGCCUUCCGCAUGCCGCACACAGAGGCCAUGCUGCGGCCCGAGGUCGCAGCGGCUUGGGAGGCUUGCGGAGAGCUCUGGCACAACCUCAUGCUUGACACGUACGCCAAGCACGGCGAGUUCCUAAACAUUG